AUGGUUCUUUUGAGUGCUGUUCUAAUUUUUAUCGUUUUUAAUAUUGUUUUGUCCAAACCAGUCGUUCCAAGAGAUCCCAUUUAUGGUCAGCCAGAACAAAUACAUCUGUCGUAUGGACUGGAUCCAUCGUUAAUGAUUGUAACAUGGGUUACAUUAGCGGAAGUCAAUGAUUCAAUUGUGGAAUACGGUCAACUUGAUUCGUUUGAUAAACGUGCAAUAGGAUCCGUAAGCAUUUUUCAAGAUAAUGGUACUGAAAAACGAAUUGAAUAUAUUCAUCGUGUGGUUCUACGAGAGUUGAUACCUGGUCAAAAAUACUUCUACCAUUGUGGAAGUGAUGUUUAUGGCUGGUCUCCACUGUUCUGGUUUACAGCAAUGCGUAACGAUUCGAAUUUUGUUGUUCGCAUGGCUGUUUAUGGUGAUAUGGGAAAAGACAAUGCUCAAUCAAUGGCUCGCCUUCAAGAAGAAACACAGACUGGAAAUCUUGAUCUUAUCUUACAUGUCGGUGAUAUGGCCUAUGAUAUGAAUACUGACAACGCACGUUUUGGUGAUCAAUAUAUGAAUUCGAUCGAAUCCAUUGCUGGUUACAUUCCUUAUAUGACUUGUCCAGGAAAUCAUGAGAAUGCUUAUAAUUUUUCGCAAUAUGUCGCAAAGUUCAGCAUGCCAUGGCCGAAUAAUACAUAUGGUGGGGAUGCGAAUCAUUAUUAUAGUUUUAAUGUUGGUCCAGUUCAUGUGAUCGGAUUUUCGACCGAGUUUUACUAUUACUUGGAGUAUGGUUUUGAACAAAUUAUCAAUCAAUACAAAUGGAUUGAAGAAGAUUUGAAAGAGGCGAAUAAACCUGAAAAUCGAGCAAAACAUCCGUGGAUUGUUACAAUGGCACAUAAGCCAAUGUAUUGUAGUAACAACAAUGAUGAUGAAUGUUUAUAUGCUAACGGUUACAUAUUCAUCCGUGUUGGUCUUCCAUUCAUUCAAGCAUUUGGUUUUGAAGACUUAUUUGCUAAAUACGGUGUGGACUUAGAGUUCUGGGCACAUGAACAUAGUUACGAACGUUUAUGGCCAGUCUAUAAUUUGAUGGUUCGUAACGGUACAAAAGGUGCUUAUAUCGAUCCAGAUGCUCCCGUUCAUAUUGUGACUGGUUCUGCUGGAUGUAAUGAACGUCACGAUCCAUUUGGUGUACCACGACCAUGGACAGCAUUUCAGAGCGAUGAUUACGGUUAUACGCGUAUGAAUGUGUAUAAUUCUUCGCAUUUAUAUUUAGAACAAGUAUCAGAUGAUCAGGGUGGCAAAGUUAUUGAUAGUAUGUGGCUGAUUAAAUCUCAGCACGGUCCAUAUUCAUAUUUCAAAGACAAAUUUUAA